UCGCGUUCUCCUUCUCCCCCCGGUCUCCAGUCUCCACCUGUUCCGUCCCAUUCUCCUCCCCCCGCACCUCGCCUCGCUUAUCCCCCCCGACCCGACCCCGACGCCGACCCCUGCUCGACGUGUUGGCAAAACCUCCUCCUAGUCCUCUCGGCUCUCGCAGAAGGAGGUUGUUUUCUCUACCGGAGCGGCAACAGCGAAAGCUUCUCGAUCUCUCUCCCUCUCCCCCCGGCAGCCCCGCCGUUGGGUGGUUGGUUCCGCGCCUUGGCCGCGCCUGCGCGGGUCGGAUCCGAGCUCUCCGUGGAGAAGCGCCGCCGCGAUACGUAUCACGUAGGAUUCCACUGGAUUCAGCUGCUGAACAGGGCACGGGAAGGUGGAAUUGAUAGUAGCACUGAACAGCAAGUGGAAUUUCUCAAAUACUGUCCAGGAUCAUGGCCUCUCUUUGUGAUUUCUGUGGGAAACAAAGGUCAAUGAUCUACUGCAGAUCAGAUGCGGCAUCAUUGUGCUUAUCAUGCGACCGUAAUGUUCAUUCAGCUAAUGCGCUGUCUCGGCGUCAUACAAGGACCCUUCUUUGUGAUCGCUGUGGUUCUCAGCCUGCAUCAGUCAGAUGUCUUGAGGACAAUGCAUCACUUUGCCAAAACUGUGAUUGGAAUGGGCAUGAUGCAGCAUCAGGGGCUUCUGGGCAUAAAAGGCAGGCUAUAAACUGUUACUCAGGGUGCCCAUCAUCAGCAGAGCUUUCAAGAAUCUGGUCAUUUAUUAUGGAUAUCCCGACUGUACCUGCUGAGCCCAACUGUGAGGAUGGAUUAAGCAUGAUGACAAUUGAUGACAGUGAUGUGACUAAUCAUCAUGAUGCUUCAGAUGAUAAAAGACUGUUGGAAAUAGCUAACACAACACUCAUGAGCGAUCCACCUUCAGCAGACAAGCCUAAACCUCUGAUAAGCUCUUCUUCCGGAGAUGGGUUUGAUGUUCUGCCUCUAGCCACAGAUCAGCCUGCUGGAUCAGUUUCAGUGACACCUAAGGUACCUUAUGCCAGAGAUGACGAUAAUUUCAAUGAUGGCAUGUAUGAAGACUUAUGUGUGGAUGAUGCUGACAUGACAUUCGAGAACUAUGAAGAGCUAUUUGGUACCUCUCACAUUCGAACAGAGGAACUCUUUGAUGACGCUGGAAUUGACAGUUACUUUGAAAUGAAGGAAACACAACCUUUUGAUUUCAACGAGGAGCCCAAAACUAUGCAGCUAGAAUGUAGCAAUGUGGUAUCAGCUGAUUGUGGGAUGUUAAACCCAGGGGCAAGGGCUGAUUCCAGCCUUUGUAUUCCUGUUAGGCAAGUCAGAUCUAGUAUAUCCCAUUCCCUAUCUGGUUUGACUGGUGAGAGCAGCGCUGGAGAUCACCAAGAUUGUGGGGUGUCACCAAUGCUCCUCAUGGGUGAGCCUCCCUGGCAUUCUCCUGGUCCUGAAGGCUCAGUUGCUGGAGGCAGCAGAGAUAGCGCUCUCACACGAUACAAGGAGAAGAAGAAGAGAAGAAAGUUUGACAAGAAGAUCAGAUAUGCCUCUCGCAAGGCUAGGGCAGACGUGAGGAAGAGGGUCAAGGGACGGUUUAUAAAGGCCGGCGAAGCAUAUGACUAUGAUCCACUAAGCCAAACUAGAAGCUACUGAGCCUUGAAUGCGACUGGUUGUUAUCGUCCAGUGUCAGCCUAGCAAUCUUCAACUGCUCAUCUGUUGUAGGUUGCGCUACAGGCAAGAUCACUGGAGAGCACAACAAUUGCAUUGCAUGCAUCAGAGCCUGCAAUUGAAAUACAGAAAAAAAAAGGUUAAGAAGAGAUACCAAGUGUUGGGAUGAAUGAAAAAGACAAAAAGAAAGAUGCAGACUUGCCGGACUCCAUGCGGCGUGGAUGGAAUGGAACAUAAAUAUUCAUUCUUCAGUUCCUCAGCAGAUGAGUGAUUUGGAUGGAGCUUUGCCGUCUGUGCGUUGAACAGAUGCAAUUGGUGCUCGUCCUCCAGCUCUACCACUGCGUGCAAGGACCUGCGUCGGCUACGGUGUUCGGCAGUGACCAGUGAGCUGCCAGGUUGUACAGUCUUGGUAACAGCCUAACAGGAUACACUUAUACCUCUUCUGUUUUCGUUCCUGUAAUAUUAUCUGUGAAGCACAAUCUUCUCUUGUCAGGAGAUUGUUCUUCGGUCGUGUGUAUGUUUGUAGAUGGAUGCAACAUUGGUAAAAAGAAGUAGCCGUCAUGAAUGUAAAGUGUGUUCUUGUUAGAUCACAUAUAGCAUUGGAGAUGAGUAGGAGGAUCACACAUAUCUGGACACUGAACCUCUGUAACUAUUUUGUGCCAGAAUAACCUUCCUGUGCUUCGUCAUCUA